AUGUCUGGUAGAAAGACUGAAGAGUUGGCUCUGCAAUCCCUGUUUUCAGAAGAUUACGUCAAUGAAUCCCAUAUUGAAGCCUUCGCUCACGCCCUGCGACUCGACGAAUCGUACUUCGAUCAUCAUGGCUACACAUCUUCACCACACCCUCCUGGAACCCCCGCAUCUCCCACCCUACCUCGCAUACGAAAGGUCUCUGCCCUUUCUGACUUUGCUCCAGUGAACUUGAAAGUAAAGAAGCGGAGAAAGCGAGACAAAACAGAUAAAAGACACGAUUACCUUUUCAUACUCCUUCGCUGGCCGCUUUUGUUCUUCAUAUUUCUGUUUAUCAUGGGGGAAUUCGGGCUGUACGUUAUCAUUAGGCAACUGGUCAAUACCAAGGAGUGGAUAUCAGCAUGGAGGGGAAAGAAGGGCCAGCUGCGGAAGAAGUUGCGGAGCGCACGGACAUACGACGAAUGGAAGGACGCUGCCACGACGAUGGACAAGUAUCUUAAUUUUGAGGACUGGAAAAAGGUCGACGAAGAUCCUUUUUUCGAUUGGAUGCUAGUACGCAAGGUGAAACGCUCGCUCAAAAUCCUUCGAGAGAAGAACGACGUGAGAGGUUGUUUGGGUGUACUAGAGACAUGUAUACGUUCCAAUUUCGCGGCAGUGGAAUCAUCAAGGCUGUACAGCGAAACUUUUCUUGGGACGAAAGAUCUCAUCGAAUCCUAUUUUGAUGAGCUUGAGCGAUCGUUACGAUGUAUCCGGGAUGCACCAGAACUAUCUCUGGAGGAGAAGAAACGAUUCUUCAAAAGUGCUAAUACAAAUCUGGGGAUCUCCGCAUUGUGCCUUUCUGGAGGAGCUUCGUUCGGCUAUUAUCAUGUCGGAGUUGUCAAGGCCUUCCUGGACGCGGGACUACUUCCCAGAGUUAUCACUGGGACCAGCGCUGGUGGCCUCAUUGCUGCUCUUACUUGUACUCGGACAAAUGAAGAACUGAAGAAUCUCCUGGUCCCACAGUUGGCACAUAGAAUCACUGCCUGUGAGGAAUCUUUCAGCGUAUGGUUCAGGAGGUUUUGGAAAACUGGUGCCCGCUUCGAUAGCGUCACAUGGGCGCGCAAGUGUGCAUUUUUCACUCGUGGCUCCAUGACUUUCAAAGAGGCAUACAUGAGGACAGGCCGAAUCCUCAAUAUCUCGGUGAUACCCGCCGACCGGCACUCGCCCACGAAGCUUCUCAACUAUAUGACUGCUCCUGAUACUGUCAUUUGGUCUGCAUUGUUGGCGUCUGCAGCAGUGCCGGGGAUCCUGAACCCUGUCGUGUUGAUGCAAAAACUGAAAGACGGAAGCAUUGUCCCAUGGAGCUGGGGGAGUCGGUUCAAGGAUGGAUCUCUUCGCGUUGACAUUCCCGUUCAAGCACUGAAUCUAUAUUUCAACGUGACUCACCCCGUCGUGUCGCAAGUGAACCCUCACGUUCAUCUUUUCUUCUUCGCUCCGAGAGGAUCAGCUGGCAAACCUGUAGCUCAUCGGAAAGGGAAAGGAUGGCGAGGAAAUUUCCUGCUUUCGGCGGCCGAACAGUGGCUGAAGCACGAACUGACCAAGAACUUCAAAGUUAUCCGUGAUCUCGAGCUUCUUCCUCAGCUACUAGGGCAGGAUUGGUCGAGUGUGUUUCUACAGCGGUUCGAUGGUGCGGUUACAAUUUGGCCAAAAACUCGCCUUUGGGAUUGGUUUCGAAUACUGACAGAUCCUGAUCCCAAAGAGCUGGAAAGGAUGAUACGCGUUGGCGAAAGUGUGACUUGGCCAAAGCUUCAUAUGAUCGAGAAUCGCGCCAGAAUCGAGCAGCAAAUAUUGCUCGGACGCCAAGCGGUUCACAGAAGUUAUAAAAGUAAAACCCGCAACUCUUCGCAUGAACCACGCCAUUUGCUCUUACAGAAGUCGCUUGGCGAGCCCUCACACUCGAAUGCACCUCUUCGACGCUCAAUUUCACCUCCACAUUCUGGCUCCGACUUGCCAUUGUCAGUUGACACCGAUGCUGAAGCCGCUUUCGCUCGAAAAUCGCCUUUUUUCAGGCGUGAUAGACCACUGAACGGCGUAUCACCAGGUCGCAACUCACGGAGGCGACGACCUCACAAUCAAACGCCACCUACGGUCAAUGAAGAUCCUGAUGACAUGGAGCUCCUCCACGUCGCACCUCGUCCUCGAACUUCUGAAGUGGAACCACCCACUACAGGCUUUUUAUCGAGACUGCGUACAAAUUCUCUCUCAAAGGUCUCGCUUCCUUUCUCGUAUAGGAACGGUGCUACCCAAGGCCCGGGAGCGGAUUCUGGCCCAGAAAACCGGCCAGAAUACACCUGGAGUGCUAGUGAAAGCUCGUCUUCUGACCAUUUAUUCAACGAGUAG